AUUGUAAAUUGUUCGUUUUGUUGAAAAACACUAAAAAUAUAAUUAUUUAAACAAAAAAAAAAAAAUAAUAAUUUAUUGAUAAUUUAGAAAAAAGAGAGGGUGCUCAUAUUGAACACCCUGCUCAUAUUAGACCACUCUCCCUAUAAGACAAUCACGUGUAUCAACUGUAUGUAAACAAGUUGCAUGUCAUUCAACAUUAUUUGGCAUUAUAAAUAUAAUUUUAUUGAUAUUGAUUUUACUGUUUCAGAGUUGACUUAAAAUGAGUGCAAAAAGAAUAUGUAUUGAGAAAGACCAACAAAUCUCUGAUGAUGGUGACAAGGAUCAAAAAGUUGUCAUCAAUUCACUGGAUUACGACUCAUUAGCACAAAUCAUCAUGUUCUUGCCAAUACCAGAAAGGAUAGAAAUGGAAAAAGUUUGUGUUAAAUGGAAAGAGGCAUGUCAACUAGCUUGGUAUGACAUUACAAAAUAUAAAUGUAAAUCAUCAAUUGGACGGUCUUAUGAUAACCGUUUGUUGACACAAUCAUACCUCGAGAAAAUAUUAUUAAGAUGUGGUAAUUAUUUAAUGGAAUUGUCUCUCUCAAAAGUUUUUAGUUCAAGUAUCAUGCCAUUUAUUGGUGAUCACUGUAAAAAUUUAACAACCUUGGAAUGUAAACUUGAUGAUAAUUCCUUGAUUGAUUGCUUUGUUCAAGCAUUUACACAGUUGAAUAAAUUAAAAUGCAUCAAAAUAACAGUGGAUCACAACUGGUGGAAUGAUACAAUUAAUCUCUCUACAAUAAUUGAUAGUCUUCCAUUAGAAAUUAAUGAAAUUCAUUUAUUUACUCAACCCAUGUCGAAUCGAAAUUAUAAUAUUUCCAUGAGUUUUAAAAAAUUUAAAAAUCUUCAGAAAUUAACAAUACAUAACUUUUGUUUAGCCAUCAUAAACUUUCAAGAAAUAGCAGACAUAACAACACUCGUUCAUCUUAGCAUUGGGCUAUAUGAUAUACACAAAAAUCUUCCUUUAUUUAAUAAACUCGUUAAUUUGGAGUAUAUCGACUUAGCGAUGGGUAUCGACUAUUAUGCGUACAGCCUCUCUACAAAAGUACUUGAGACUAUUUUUUGUUCAUGUAUAAAUCUAAAACAUUUCAAUAUUCCAUGGGGGGUUUAUGAUCUAGCUAGGAUUCCUCUUGAGAAAUGGAUGAAUUUUCAAAACUUGGAAUAUCUUGGUAUUUCUUGUACUAUGAUGCCUGACUUAGCAAAUACGAUUGUUAAAUAUUGCAUGAAUUUAAAACAUUUGAGAAUAAAUAGUUACAAUAUAAUGGAUACUGCUUUGGAAAAGUUGACAGAGUUGAAAAAUCUUGAAUGUUUAAGAUUGUUAGGUGACUAUUCACUCGGAGAGGAAUCAAUAAUCGCGAUAUCAAACAAUUGUAAACAACUUAAACGUUUAGAAAUAGCUGAAUGUAUUAUAGUUGAGCCAGUUUCUUCGCCACCUGCUCUUGAUGAGUUAUCAAAAUUACAAUAUCUUGAACAUCUGCAUUUGUGUAUGCCAUCAAAUCUUGAAGAUAGUACAAUUAUUGCUAUUGCUAAUAACUGUAAGAACCUAAAAAGUUUAGAUGUUCGAGGUUGCACAGGUCUUACUGAGACAGGUCUCGUUGCUUUAACAAAUUUGAAAAAUUUAGAAAAACUAAAUGUAAGCUUUCUUGAUGAAAUUACAGACAGCUUCCUUAUAAAAUUGAAAGGAUUAAAAGAGUUGAAUUGUAGUGAAUGCGAUGAACUUACUAAUGCUGGUAUUAUUCAAUUUAUAAAAAAUAAUCCAGAUCUCGAAAAGAUUACUCUGUUUGGUAUAGAUAAUUUGACAAGUGACUUGGUUAUUGCUGCUGAUCAGGCAACAAAAAAUCGUACAAAUGGUAUUAUUUUAGACCUAAAAAUGGACUAAUAAUUGAAUCUCAAUGGUUGAUUCUUAUAUGGUUAUGAAGACUGUCCUAUUUCAAUCUAUAAAUAGAUUUUCAUUCAAAAAAAUCCGAACGAUUUGAGCCCAAGUUGUAGGAUUUGAAGGGGAUAAUCAAAUUUAUAGUAUAUAAUAUAAUAUUAUACUUUUUUCUAAUUUAUAUUACUUUUAAUUAUAUAAAUUUGAAAGUCAAUGUUAAUAAUUUUGCAAGACAAAUUUACAAAUUAAUUAUACUUUUUUAGAUAAAUAAAAAAAAAAUAAAAA